UAUCUAUACUAUGUCUAUAGUCUCUACCAAAUACGACAUCAUUUCGCCAUCUAUCGAUGACUUGGAAAAGUUUGAAGCGAUUACAUACAGUCGAUUUUGAUGUAUCUAGUUGUAUUGAUCUAGUCGCACGUGCCUCAAAUCUGAAAGGUAAACUUCAAUGGUCUUGUUUAAUAAGAAUAUAAAAUGGGAAACAAAAGGAAAAAGCAUAACGAGACUGAUUACGAAUAUGAUCCAGCUCCUAAACAUUUGCAAGUAGGUCAUAUCAAGAAUCAAGAGAAGCGUCUUAUCGUUAUAUUGGAAAAUGCUCAACUGGAAUCUGUAAAAGUUGGAAAUAGUUUUGAACUGUUGAAUUGUGAUGAUCAUGUAAGCAUUCUGAAGAAAUAUAAUCGUGAUCCAGGUACAUCUAGGCCAGACAUUGCUCAUCAGUGUUUAUUAAUGUUAAUGGAUAGUCCGCUGAAUCGAGCUGGAUUAUUGCAAGUCUACAUUCAUACAGAAAAAAAUGUAUUGAUAGAAAUUAAUCCACAGACCAGAAUACCAAGAACAUUCAAACGCUUUGCUGGACUGAUGGUACAAUUAUUACAUAAAUAUAGCGUUAGAGCAUCAGAUGGACCAAUGAAGCUCCUUAAAGUGAUUAAAAAUCCAGUAACAAAUCAUUUACCAGUUGGUUGUCGUAAGAUAUUAAUGUCAUUUAGUUCAAACAAAGUAUUAAAUCCACGAGAACUUGUACCCACUGAAGAUCCAAUUGCUAUUGUAGUAGGAGCUAUGGCACAUGGACAAGUCAAAACUGAUUAUACAGAAGAAACUUUUGCAAUUAGUAACUAUCCUCUGUCAGGCGCCUUAACAUGUAGCAAAUUAUGUACAGCAUUUGAAGAAGUUUGGGGAAUUGUUUAAUAAAGAAUUAUGAUACAUAUUUAA